AUGCCAAAACUACUCUACUUAGACUGGAUAUUUGACAAAGCACAGCAGUCAGCUCCUUGUGUAUUUUUCUAUGACGAGCUUGAUUCCAUUGUUGGCAAUGGAGAUAGGGUUCUACCUGCUAAUGUUGAUAUAGAGUUUGCUAUCAUGGAUGCCGUUAAGGAUCUCUGCCUUGAAGAAGGUAAGAAGAGAGAGACUAACACAAUCUUUGAACAUCGACGCUAUGAUUCUGUUAAUCGGCAGCAGAGAGAGAAGCUUGUUGAGAAUGAACAUGAUGGUUUGUACGAGGAUACUUAUGGUGGUAUAACUUCUCAGUUUUGUGACUUGGAAUCUGGUAAAGAUAGUAAUUGGAGAACCGAAGACCAAAUGAAUCAAGUGGAAACUUUCAUUGAAAUUGCUACCCAGCAACAGAAAGAACAAUUGUCCAUAAAGCUCAACAAAAUCGAUGCCCGAAACAUGCAGUUUUCAUACAUGAGGGCACACUUGGAGGCCCUAGCUAGCUGUAAAGGAUGCCACGGAGAUUCCGAAGCUGCGAAUAGAAUCUUGAAUCAACUUCUGAUAGAAAUGGAUGGCAUGGCAGCUAAGAAGAAUGUUUCUAUCAUUGGAACAACAAACAUGUCAGAUAUUAUUAACCCAACAUUUGACCCAGCAUUGCCUAGUCUUAGGUGUCUGGAUACCCGUUGA